AUGCCAGUGCUUCUUGCAGCACAAGUCCUCUUCCAGGGGCUCGCAUCUAUUCCCUAUGCAUACACAAUACUUAAGGCUGCAAUAUGCCUUACAAUCUUAUAUUAUGUGAAGGUGUUCUUUGGCGGUGCAAAGACGCUCUCGGAGCGAGUGAUGCAUUCCAAAGUAGUCAUGGUGACAGGUGGAACAUCAGGGGUUGGGGCAGCUGUCGUAAGAGAUCUGGCUUCACGUGGCGCGCAAAUUGUUCUCCUUACCCAGCAACCGCUGACGGACCCGUUCCUCGUGGACUAUAUCAUGGACCUUCGGAUCCGGACUGGCAACGAGCUCAUCACUGCGGAGUAUAUGGAUCUCGCAGAUCUACACAGCAUCCGCAUCUUCGCGACGAAGUGGAUCGACAAUACGCCUCCCCGACGAUUGGACAUGGUCAUAUUGUGCGGGAAUACUUUGACGCCAGGAGGAUCAAAGAUUGAGGCUACAGAGGACGGGGUCGAGAUAAACUGGGGGGUAAACUAUCUGGCGAACUUCCAGUUGCUGAACAUCCUCAGUCCGGCUCUACGUGCGCAACCUCCGGAUCGGGACGUCCGCGUCAUCAUCGGUGCAUGCAGUUCAUACAUGGGCGGGCGAUUGCCUGGAAUAUCUUACGAUGACAAGAAUACCACAGCUGGCGAGAAGGGCCGAGAGUCAAAGGACACUUCCAAACCAGAGUUAUCGAAUGCCGGAGCAUUCUAUGGUACUUCAAAAUUGGCCUUGAUGACCUUCGCUUGUGCAUAUCAAAAGCAUCUAGAAGAUACUCCUCGCCCAGACAAAAAACCUCUCAAUACACGGGUACUGAUGGUAGAUCCGGGAUGGACGCGGUCACCUGGCAUGAGGCGAUUCCUCACCAGAGGUACGCUUUGGGGGCUGGGUCUAUACUUGGUCACCUAUCCUCUAUGGUGGCUAUUCCUCAAAAGCACGGAGGAAGGUGCUCAGACAUUCUUACACGCUGCCAUGGAAGCGGAGUACAGCCUUGAGAAAGGAGGAAAACUGUUGAAGGAAUGCCGCGAGGUUCCAAUUGCACGCCCGGAGGUUCUUGAUGAAGAAGUCCAAAAGGCCCUGUGGAAAGCCAGCAAAAUGACCGUACAGCAACUAGAAAAAGAGGCUGCAUCAAGACGAGCAAAGGCCAAGCCAUCCGGCAAUGGAAAGGCGGCGAAACCCACACUGGCUAAGGUUGAGGAGCUGCCCGAUGAUGCGCCUGCUGAGGCUUCCUCGAAUACGACCAGGUCAUCCACAUCGGCGAAGAAGACAGGAUCGCGUCGAAGUCGCAAAGUGGCGGCCUGA